AUGACAACAACCAUCGUGGAAUGAAAACAUCCUCUUGCCUUCACUCCCCCCGGUGUGUGGUUUGGGUCCGGUACAUUUCCAGCUGCUUUAUCUUUGCUCCAUCUUCUGGUUCCUGUCCCUCUUUUUUGCCGUCCCAACCACUUCUCUCGCCUCUCUUCCUGUGCCCUGCCCUGUACUCUCGACUCAGGCUGCAGAGGUGGAAGAGACCUUGCCAGCCCAGGAUGACUUCACAGAGACCCAGCCCUGCCCAGCAGAAAUGCCCUUUGCUGGUGCCCCAGGAGAGGAGGAUGCUGAUCCUGGCCUCCCUGGGCAGCCGGAAGAGCCUGCCAGGAUCCCCAGGGAGCAAGCAGUAAGACCUCUGCAUGUGGGGAGAGGGAGCCUUCUGGAUUUUCCUCCAUGGACCCCUGACUCAAGCUGUUGUAGCUUCUCCUGCGGCCUAACCCACUUUCCUUCCUUGAUUGACCCAGCAGUUCUUUAUGUCUGGAAGAUGCAAAUAAGCACAACGGAUUUUCCUGUUGCAUUCCUUCCGUGUUCCUCUCAUUGACUCUUCCUCAAUUUAGCUGUGAUUCCUGCAUGGCCCUUUGGGUCCCUUCCGAACCUAUAAUUCUAUGAGUAUGAAUUUAAGCUGGAGAAUUUCUGGAAUUAAUUCCAGAAUUAAGGGAUGUGAUGCAUGCAAAGUUGACUGUAGCUACAUGUUUCCUUCUGCUCCCUGUCAUUUCUCCACCUCCACCCCAAUUUUGGCGACGGGCGUCAAUAUAAACGCUGCACUUCUAUGGUAUUAUUGUUAUUGUUAUGGGGUUUAAUGCUGGGGUUUGGGUCACCACUGUGGGUUUGCGUUCAUCAGGGAUAGAGGCCUCGUGGCCCUCCAUAGGUUAUCAUUAUGGAUGGCAUGGAGAAAGCGUCUAGAAAAAAGUUUUACUCCCUCUCUCAUAACACUCGAACUCGGGACAUCCAUUGCAGCUGGAUGUUGGAAGAUUCAGGACGCAUGAAAGGAAUCAUACAAUCAUAGAAGUACAUUUUCACGCAGCACAUAGUUGAACUGUGGAACUAGCUCCCAUAGGGGUCAGUGAUAGCCACCAGCUUAAAGGUAAAGGGACCAUUAGGUCCAGUCGUGACCGACUCUGGGGUUGCGGCGCUCAUCUCACUUUAUUGGCUGAGGGAGCUGGCGUACAGCUUCCGGGUCAUGUGGCCAGCAUGACUAAGCCGCUUCUGGCGAACCAGAGCAGCGCACGAAAUGCCGUUUACCUUCCCGCUGGAGUGGUACCUAUUUAUCUACUUGCACUUUGGCGUGCUUUCGAACUGCUAGGUUGGCAGGAGCAGGGACCGAGCAACGGGAGCUCACCCCGUUGCGGGGAUUCAAACCACCGACCUUCUGAUUGGCAAGUCCUAGGCUCUGUGGUUUAACCCACAGCGCCACCCGCGUCCCUUAGCCACCAGCUUAGAUGCCUUUAAAAAGGGACUAGACAAACACAUGGAGGAGAGGGCUGUCAAAGGCUACUAGCCACGAUGGCUGUGCCCUCUCUUACAUGCUGCUCUGUCAUAAUGCUGGAGUUGAUGCGGCCCCCUCUUGGCAGCUACGGAAACUGCUGCGUGAUAAGAGCCUUCCAAUUAUACUUAUAUAGUAAGAUAGAAUAAAUAAGUUACAAUUUGGUAUCUUCGGGUUGGGAGAUGGGAACAGGGAAAUGAGCCAAGAUGCGAUCUUGGCAGACCCAGUGUUUGCAAGACUCCUGAAUGGAACAAAAAGAAAAAAAAGAGGUCUACCAGGGUUGCUGUGGCUACAACACUGCUACCAUUAGCACUUGGGAGACAUGACAUGAAUUGGCAGUGGGGCUUCCUAAACAAAAGUUGUGCCAUGAUCUGAAGGCUGCAGGUAGCUAGAAGUGGCAUUGGCCCAAGACAUUUUGCUGUCUUAGAUGGAAAUGAGGUGAUGCGACUGGUAGUUGUAUCUGACUUCAACAAUAGUGACCAGGCAGUGUCGUUGUCCACACCAGGGAGUGCAGUGCUAACUCAGGGGAGUAUUGGGCAGGGCAAGUGGUGCUUUGUCCUGCAGACCUCACUGCCACCUCUUCACAUUUUGCUGCCUGAGGCAGCUGCUUCCCUCUCCCUAACAUUAGAGCCGGCCCUGGUUAGAAAGAAAGUUUGAAGAAAGUUCAUUGCACCAAGAUCAGGAAAAUAAACAGAUCAUAUAUUUUUCUUUUAUAAAGUUUGUUUGUUUCAUUUAAUAAUGUACAUAAAACUGAGAGAACUGUUAUAACAACAGAUGGAAAUCAAAAGAUGGAAAAUAAAACUAUAAAAUAGGCGCAUCGAAUGAGUACAGUUGCACAUGGGUUAAAAUAGUCAAAUCCAAGAAAAAAAUAUUAGCGUUCUCUGAUUAUCAAGCAUGGUUCCAGAUUUGCCAAGCUUAUGAUGAGAGUUGCCUUGAAAAUGAUGGUUUUGCUGCAUAACAAAGGAAUGUGAAAUCAUAUUAAAAAGCGCCUUGAGGUUUUGGUCCUUGUUGAAAUAUCAAAUUAUGCAUAAUUUUCUCCAUUCUAGCUGUAUUCCAGAGUUAUACCAAGCGUCCAGUGUAAGAUUUUGGACUGUUUUCCAUUGUGCUGCCGUAAUUAUUUGAGCUGCCAAGAUCAUCUAUAAGACCAGUUCUUUUGACUAUAUAUGUACAUUGCUGUCAACAGAAAUAUUCAGUAACAUUGAUUAUGGACAACAAACCUAUAGUCUCUAUAGUAAUAUUAAUCAUUUCUGUCAAAAUUAAAUUCCAAAAAUCUUGUGCCAACUUAUAUUCCCACAAUAAACAUGUACCAAGUUUAUCGCAACCCAUCCAACAAUUACCUGUUUUGGAAGGAAAGAGUUUUGACAUUUGCAAAGGAGGGCGAUACCACCUGUGUGGUUCUUUAACCUCAGAAAACUGGAAGCAGGUUUUAAGGGUUGUGAUCCCCACAUUUUACUCCCAUGAUAGACCCCCGUUUUAAAGCCUGUGUUUACGUGCAUUUCCUGUUCUCUUCCUCUGCUGCUUCAGAUAAAGCACCUCUUGAAGGAAGACUCGGAGGAGGCCGAGCUGGUCCAUUUCCUCAGCGACUACCCGGCUGAGGAGGGCUUCCGCCGUGUGGAGCCGGGAGAGGCUUGGAAGGACAGGGGCCGCGGCGGCGGCGCAGAGCCCGAGAUGUUCCCCAGUGCGGCGCUCAGGACCCUCCCCGACGAGGCCUCGGAAGAGAAGGAGCAGAAGGGCUUCCACCGCCCGCGGCCUCUGGAUCUGAAGCAGCACAUGGCUGCUCCAACGCCCCCCAGCCCAUCCCGUCCCAGAAGCCCCUGGGGCAGGCUGGACCCCUAUGAGUCUGAUGAGGUAUGCAAUCCCCACUCCCCACGGAUCUCACUUUGGCUUUCCUUCUCUCAAGCUUUCCAUACACAACCAGCUCCAAACUUCUUGGCGUUGAGGUGGGCAUAUUUGGCCUCAUCGCCUGAGGUUCAUAGAACCGUGGAAUUGGAAGGGACCCCUAAGGGUUAUCCAGACCAACCCUCUGCAAUGCAGGAAUCGCCAGUAGAUGGCCAACCUCUCUUUAAAAAGCUCCAACAAACGGGAAUCUUCCACCUUCCCUGGUAGUCCAUCCCACUGCCGAUCAGCUCUUGCCCUUCCUAAUGUUUAGUCAGAGUCUUCUUUUCUUGUCAUUCAAGUACAGUUGUAUGGGUCCUGCCCUCUGGAGUGACAGAAAACAAGCUCGCCCCGUCUUCUGAGUGCAGGUUCCUCAAUCCAGUUUAGAUUUCUUAAAAUGGCGGGUGCUUAGCUUUCGUGGGCGUGGCAUAUGCGUUCUUUUGCCUUCCUGUCAUUUGUUAUGUUAACGUGUUUUUCAGCCAUUCUGCAAAUUCAUCUCCUUCACACUUUUUCCCACCCUGCCUUGGUGGAAGCUUUGGCUGAAGGGUGGCUAAGAAGUGUUCUAAAUAAACUGAUAAAUCUCACGGGUGAUCUCUGGGAGGACCUCGCUGGAGAUGGUAGAAAUACAGCAUGUGGAGCAUACCCAGCACACAUUAAACUCCAUGGGAUUUUCUUCAGAGUGGACGUGUGUAGGACUGUCCAGUUAGGUGGUGUUUCUCUCUUAGGCAAUAUAUAGCAUAUGAUUUUUGUUGCAGGGUCUUUAAAACCUUUUACCAGGCCAGGCCUCUCAAGGACAGGAUGGGUUGUAAAUAACAAGAAGUAUAUGAAUAAGUGGUUUGGACUGACUUGUUCCAGCUGUUUGGAAUUCUGAGAUUCUUCUAACCACACAUUUCCCCUUCCUUCCUUCCUUCCUUCCUUCCUUCCUUCCUUCCUUCUCUCCCUCCCUCCAGGACGACAAAGAGUAUGUGGGUUUUGCCACGCUCCCCAAUCAAGUCCACCGGAAGUCUGUGAAGAAAGGCUUCGAUUUCACCCUCAUGGUUGCAGGUACCAGGGCACUUGAGGGGGGGGGGGCAGCUGUUCCCACUUCCUGCCUUCUCAAUUACAAAUGAAUAUUUCAAGGUAGAGCCAGUGCAAUGCACAACAAUGAAUUCUGAUUAAAACAGGCUAUCAAGUUUCUAGCUCUCUGCCAACUUAUGUUGAAGCUGUACGUUUAGGAGCACUUCCAACGCACUUUUGGGUGGUUCACAGACCUUCCGGGGACUGCAUUCUGGCCAGUACCAGAUCAGGAUGGAAAUUGCGGCCGGCAGAGUGUGGUGGCACAUCAGAGGGCAAAGCUGCCACCCCAGGGCGGAUGCCUUAACCCUUUCCCUCAUAGUCAUCCACACUAGUAACUCCCUUAUGAAGAAAUGGGCUUUUAAGGUGAGAGGAAAAGUGAGUAGAAGGAGACAUGAUGGAAGUGUGUGGAAUUAGGCAUGGCAUGAGAAAAGAGGAUAGAGAAAGCCCCCCCCCCCCAUGACACUAGAACUUGUGGAUAUCCAAUGUAUUUACGAUACGAUAUGAUACGAUAUGAUAUAUUUAUUGUCAUUGUCCCAUACAGAACAAUGAAAUUGAAAAAUCUACAUAAGACAUUCAAAAACUCCUAAAAACUCUGAAACCCCAUUUUAAAAUACAAUAUACUAUAGAGACUCCUUAUACUGCGUUUAGAACCAGAAUUGCAUUUGGGUAGAAACUGUUUCUCAGGCGGCUAGUCCUAGUCUUUAUAACCCUGUACCGUCUUCCAGAAGGCAGAAGCUGAAAGAGAUCAUUUCCAGGAUGUGCACUAUCCUGCUCUAUCUCUGCAGCUUUCUUAGGGCACCUAGAAGCAUAGAUUUGAUCUAAGGUGGGAAGAGUGCACCCAAUUAUUCUCUCUGCAGUCUUUACAACCCUGGACAGCAUUGUUUUUCCCCUGGCUGUGCAGCUCCCAAACCACACACAGAGACCAUAAGUUAAUACACUCUCCACAGUACAAUGGUAAAAUGCCAUCAACAGGUCCUUUGAGGGCCAGAUCAAAGCAGUCAAGUGGGCACAUAUGGGAUAAGGCGACCUCAAAUGAAAACUGGUCCCUAGUUUUUAAUAAUAAAUAGUACCACCUUGAACAUGGCCUGAGCUUGUUCUCUUUAUUUAAAAAGCUAUCAUUGGUCUGCACUUUUCCUUUUCUUCCCAAAAGUCUGAUUCUUAAGGAUCCACCUUCCUGUUGAGUGAUCUUGCUUGCCCCCCCUUCACUUUCUCUUCGCAGGAGAGGCCGGGCUUGGGAAGUCCACCCUGGUGAACAGCCUUUUCCUCACAGACUUGUACAAAGACCGCAAACUCUUAAAUGCCGAAGGUAGGUCAGUCGGUCGGUGGGAGUUCUGAACCAGCCUUUGCCCCUGUUCUGACACAGCGGAAGAUUUAAACUGGGGAAGCAGGUGGGGAUGUUGCUCUCAGGCUGCACAGGGGGAUCUGGCUGGCUCCCAGUGGAAUAGGAAAAUGCCUUCUACCAAGUCAGGCUAUUGGGUCUGUAUUGUCUGCACUGACUGGCAGCAGCUCUCCAGGGUUUCAGGCAGGGAAUCUCUCCCAGACUUACCUGGAGGAUGCCAGUGGGAGUGGAAGCUGGGACCUCCUGCAUGCCAAGCAGAUUCUCUGCCACUGAACUAUGGCUUUUCCCUUAAGACAUAGCAGCAUAUAUCUAGCUAGACCAUGGAUCCACCUAUCUCAGUAUUGUUGACACUGACUGGCAGCAGCAGGGUGUCACGCAGGACGCACUCCCAGCCUUACCUGGGAUGCAACCUGGGAUCUUCUGGGUGCAAAGCAGGUGCUCUAACCCUGAGCUGCAGGCCUUUCUGGGCUCAGCAGACCCCUGCAAGGCAGUUCUCAUGGGGGUCAUGCCAGCCAGCGGCUGCUAUCUGUAACAGCUAAAGAAACCCUCCAUGUUUAGGAAUAGUCUACCUCUAAUACUUAGAUGCUGGUGAUGAAGCAGUGAGGAGGAUGGGACGGCCACUGCUUCUUAUACCCAGAACGCUGACCUGGUCAGACGCAUCCAGCCUUGAUUUGUCGGUUAUGUUCUCGGCAGAGAGGGAUUCUCAGGGUUUGAGGGUGAGGUAUCCUCUCCUACUCCCUCUGGGCCCCCUGCUCCUCCUCCUCAACCCCCCCCCCAUGUUCUGAACUCCUUCCUUCCGUCUUCCCCACGGCCAGAACGGAUCCUCCAGACGGUGGAGAUCACCAAGCAUGUGGUGGACAUCGAGGAGAAGGGCGUCAAACUGCGCCUGACCAUCGUGGACACGCCAGGCUUUGGAGAUGCCUUGAACAACACAGAGUGGUACGGCCACCUCCCAGGGGGGUGGGGGGGCAGCAGAGAAGCAGAGAGGAAUUAGCCCUGGCAGCUUCUCAGCAGAGCUGCUUGGAGGGAAUCCCAUUAAGCCAUUGACCUUUGGGUGGGGGCCAAGGAGGGAUAAAAAUAAUAUGUGGAAGACAAAGUCUAACUGGCUGUGAGGCAGGUAAAUCCCAUGGGAGCAGGAUUCAGGCGAGAGCUGCAGUGCUUUGAUCUGCCAGUGAAACUGGUUCAUCUAGGGGAGAUUAUUAUUAUUAUUAUUACUACACUCAUACCUUGGAUCCCGAACGCCUUGGUACUCGGAUGUUUUGGCUCCUGAACGCCACAAACCUGGAAGUGAGUGUUCCGGUUUGCGAACGUUCUUUGGAACCCAAACGUCCGACAGGGCUUCCGCAGCUUCCGAUUGGCUGCAGGAGCUUCCUGCAGCCAAUUAGAAGCCACGCUUUGGUUUCUGAACAUUUUGGAUGUUGAGUGGACUUCUGGAAUGGAUUCCAUUCGACUUCCAAGGUGCGACUGUACUAUUAUUAUUAUUAUUAUUAUUAUUAUUAUUAUUAUCAUCUAUCUGUCUAACUAUUAAAUUUGUAUACUGCCCUAUACCCGCAAGUCUCAGUGUGGUUACAACAUAAAAUCACAAUAUAAAAACACAAAAUACACCAUAAUUUUUUUUUUAAAAAAAAUAAACUCCCCUCCCCAACACAUUUUAAAAGGGCAUUGGAUGUCACUUUUUUGUCUGGCGCCUAAACGUGUAUAAUGAAGGCACUAGGUGAAGCUCCCUGGGGAGAGCAUCCCAUGAACAGGGAGCCACUGCAGAGAAGGCCCGUUCUCGUUUUGCCUCCCUCCAAACCUCUCGUGGAAGAGGUACAUGAAGAAGGGCCUCAGAAGAUGAUCUCAGGGUCCAGGUAGGUUCAUCUGGAAAGAGACGGUCCUUGAGGUAUUGCGGUCCUGAGCUGUUUAAGGCUUUAUAGGUCAAAACCAGCAGUUUGAAUUGGGCCUGGAGAUAAUUGGUAGACAGUGCAGUUGGACCAGGAUCGGUGUAAUAUGCUCAAAUUCUGCACUAGCUGAAGUUUAUGAACCGUCUUCACAGGCAGCCCUGUGAAAUUUGGAAAUUGCUUCCGGGUGGAAAUCACAGAAAUGUCCGGGAAAAUCUGGACUCAUGGCAACACUUGUCAGAAGUGUAGAUUUUUGACGAUCUUCCUAAAAAAUGGCUGCCACCCUAGUCCUACCCAUUGCUCAGGAUAGGAAAGUACAGAAGCCAAGGGAGCCAGCAUAGUGUACUGGUUAGAGUGUCGGAAUUGGACCUGGGAGACAAGGGUUCAAAUCCCCACUUGGCCUUGAAGCUCAUUUGGUGACCUUGAAGGCCCAGCCACUGCCUCUCAGCCUAACCAACCUCAUAGGGUUGUUGUGGGGAUUAAAUGAGGAGCAAGAGAGAGAGAUAUGUACCCCAGCUUGAGCUCAUUGGAAAGAAAAAUGUGGGAUAUAAAUCUAAAUCAUGAAUAUAAAUAUAAAAUAGGAAAUGCAAAGCUUUCCUUUUACACCAGGUCUUUAGCUUUUAAUUAUCGAAGGCCUUUUCGUUCAGGUGAAAUGUUUUAAUCUAAUUUUUCAGAACGCAAUUGUCUUUUAGAUUUUUUUAAUGUUGCUUUUAAUGUCUGCUUGUGUUGGUUUGUUUAAAAUAGUUGUAAGCCGCUUUGAGUUGCUAUGGUAAAAACAGACAAAAAUAUGAUUAUAAUAACAGUAGAGAAGCAAGUAAGCAAACAAACAAAUAAAUACAGAAGCCAUAGCAGAUGACUUGCCUAGAUUCUGAUUAGGUAUGGGGCUGGGUGAACUCAGGAUAUUUACUCACGCCUUUUGUACGUGCCAUGGAAAAUACUGGUGGGCACGCUAGCGCCCAUGUGCACCACAUUGGGGACUCUUUGCUCUCUAAAGCCUACUUAAUUCCCUCUGCAGCUGGAAGCCUGUGGCUGACUAUGUAGACCAGCAGUUUGAACAGUACUUCCGGGACGAGAGUGGCCUGAACCGGAAGAACAUCCUGGACAACCGCGUCCACUGCUGCCUCUACUUCAUCUCACCCUUUGGCCACGGGUACGAGCUGAGUCUGGCCUGCCUGGGCUCUGGGAGGGGCAUGGGAUGAUUGCAGAACUCAACUAAAAAUUGGGCAGAUGAGAAGCUGAAACUGACGGAUCUGUCCCAAAUUGUUGCAAAACGUCCAACCCUCCCAAUGCAAGCCAUGCGGGGUUGGACUAGAUGAACCUUGGGGUCCCUUCCAGCUUCACAAUUCUACGAUUCAAAGAAAUAAUUUGAAUAGAAAGACAAAACUUGGUGAUGUUGCAAAACAAUCAGCUAAGACCUCAGUAUGCAUCUUGGACCACAUCACCUGGGCUCAUUAUGCAGCAAAGAAAAUACAAUUUUGAAGUUUUCCUUACUGUGUUUUGAAAAUUUUAUAAACCACCUAAUAAAAAAACUAAACAGAAACUAAGCCUAGAGCCACAGGAAGCUGCUUUAUACUCAGUCUGACCAUUGGCCUGCCUUGCUCAGUGCUGUCUACACUAAUUGGCAGCAGCUCUCCAGGAUUAUCAGGCAGGGGUCUGUCUCCCAAGCUCUACCACUGAGCUGCAGGCCUUCCCCUAAAAACAAAGAUUCUAGUCCUUAUGGUUGAGAAGAGAGAGCUGGAUUAAUUAGGAAGCUGCCUUAUGCUAGUCAGACCACUGGCUCCUCUUGUUUAGUUUUGUCUACACUGACCGGCAGCAGCUCUCCAGGGAUUCAGGCAGGAGUGUCUCCAAACCCUACCUGGAGAUGCCAUUGGGGAAUGAAUCUGGGAUGUUCUGCAUGUUGCUCUGCCACUGAGUCUUCCCCAAACUGUUAUGUACUGAAGUUCUCACCCUGGGCCAGCAGGGGGAUACUGUAGAUAGUUAUGCAAAUGAAGGAUCGAAAGUGACAUUCAGUGAUUGGAUAGCUUGUAUGCAAAUGAAGGAUCGAAAGUGACGUUCAGUGACUGGCUAGUUACAGAAAAUGGUUACUGUUGCAUUCUAGUGGAGCGCUAUAUAAGCAGGCUGACUGAGCUCCUCAGUUCAGUUCUGUUCCAGCUUACAAAUAAAGAGCUGUUUUGGAAGAAUCGCUGUGUCGUCUGAUAUGUUCGCCCACAACUUAACACUGGCGACGAAGGUGGGAUCGAUGGACAUCAGAGCACAGCCAGAUGCGGCCAUCCUCUGAACUGAGCUGAAUCAACUUAACACAAACAGUGUGUGUGUGUGUGUGUGCGCGCGUGUGCACGUGCGCUGUACACUUGAGACUUGCCUUGUCUCUCCUUGGCAGGCUGCGGCCUCUGGAUGUCGAGUUCAUGAAGGCUCUCCACCAGCGUGUCAACAUCGUUCCCGUUCUAGCCAAAGCGGACACUCUCAUGCCUUCCGAGGUUGAGCGGAUGAAGAACAAGGUGAGGAAUUGGGAGCGGGGAGGGAAGAUGAGGACCUUCCUUUUUUUAAAUAAUAAUUUUCAUUGAGUUUACAUUUUACCAUAAUCACAUUCCAUUACAUAAUCUCAUAAACAAAAAACAAUGCUCAAACUGAGCUUCGACUUCCCCCCAUCCCACUCUUUGGCUUUCAUAAAUAAUCACUUAGCAUUUGUAUCACCACUUAUUUACCUUCUUUCUUUCUUAAUAAAAUUUACCUCAUUAAAUGUAAACCAGGUCCCAAUAUUAACAUUACAAAAUAUUUCAACUCAAACCUACAAACGUUUUCAAAUGUUUACAGUUUUCUUUCAUAUAUUGUAUGAAUUUACUCCAGUCCUUUUCAAACAGUUCGCCGCACUGAUUUCGGAUUUUCCCUGUCAGCUUUGCCAAUUCUGCAUAUUCCAACAUCUUAGUCUGCCAUUCUUCCAUUGUUGGACGUUCCUGCUGCUUCCAUUUCUGGGCCAAAAGUGUCCUUGCUGCCAUUGUAGCAUACAUAAAUAAAUUUACCUCUUUUUUAGGAAUUUCAUCUCCAAUUAUACCUAACAAAAACGCCUCUGGUUUUUUGUUAAAAGUAUAUUUAAAAACCUUUUUCCUGGUGGCCCUGCCAACUUUCCCGGGCGGUGGGAAGUUCAGGAGAAGCGCCUUUGUCCCAGGAUAUCUGCUGUGACCUGAGAUCCUCUCACACUGGCCAUGGGAGCAUCUGGAGAGCCUCGUGGCUACUGUCAGGCCAAAGGGCCUGCUCCAGCAACCUGUUCUCACAGUGGCCAACCAGAUGCAGUGGGUACUAGAUCACCCUUUGGGUUCCUUCCAACUCUACAGUUCUAGGAUUCUAGUAAUUUGUUUACCCCAUGCACACCCACUCAGUUGGUGGAACAGACGCCACGUAAUACUCGUUCUGCAUUUGUUAGAACCCGGAUCUAGUUGUAUGGCACUUACACUUUGGAACUCCCUGCCUCUUGAUGUCAGGCAAAGCGCCUUCACUGCCCUCUUUUCGGCACCUGCUAAAAACAUUUUUGUUUAGAAAAGCCUACCAAAACGUUUAGAAAGCUGAAGCGAGUUUUAAUCUGCUUUUAUUGUUAUUUUAACUUUUCGAAUGUCUUAGAUGCUUGUUGCUAGUUUUACUUAUUGGCAAUUUAAAUUUUUUAAAAUCUUUUUUUUGUGUGUGUAUGUGUGUAAAGUGCUUUGAAGUUUGUUUGCUAUUUACAGUUGAGCUGUGUAUAAAUUUUAAGUUCCUCUUCUUCAGAUCCGCGAUGAAAUUGAUCAGUUUGGGAUCCGCAUCUACCAGUUUCCUGAAUGUGAUUCGGAUGAAGAUGAGGAUUUCAAGCUUCAGGAUCAAGCCCUCAAGGUGAGGGGGAGGGUAUAUUUUGUGAAAAAAUGUGUGUUGAAAUGCCUGUUUAAAUACAUUAUACAGUGGUACCUCUGGUUAAGAACUUAAUUCGGUCUGGAGGUCCGUACUUAACCUGAAACUGUUCUUAACCUGAAGCACCACUUUAACUAAUGGGGCCUCCUGCUGCCGCCGCGCUGCUGCUGCAUGGUUUCUGUUCUUAUCCUGAAGCAAAGUUCUUAACCUGAGGUAAUAUUUCUGGGUUAGUGGAGUCUGUAACCUGAAGCGUAUGUAACCUGAUGUACCACUGUACGUGUGUGUGUGAAAAUGUAAGAACAUUGAAAUUCAGUUUUAUAUAGUGUUAAACCACUGGCCCAUCUAGCUCAGUAUUCUUUGCACUGACUGGCAGCAGCUUCUCCAGGGUUUCAGGUUUCAGCCUUACCUGUGGAUGCCGCUGGGGAUUGAACCUGAGACCUUCUGCACGCCAAGCAGAUGCUCUGCCACUGAGCUACACCCCAUGACCACUUAACAUUCCGUUAAGGUGGAAAUGGAGAGCCGGGGUGGUGUAGCGGUUAGAGUGUUGGACUAGGACCUGAGAGAGCAGGGUUUGAAUCCCACUCAGCCCUGAAGCUCACUUUGGGCCAGUCACUGCCUCUCAGAUUAACCAACCUCACAGGGUUGUUGUGUAGGUUAAAUGAGGAGGUGCAGGAGACUCACAUAUGCCACCUUGAACUCCUUAAAGGUGCAAUAUAAAUAUAGAUAUAUAUAUAUUUAAAUGUGGAUGGAGCAGAUUUACAAAUGAAUGCUUUUCACAGUGACACAGGCCAGAAACCUCCUGAGCCAUCCCUUCCCUGUUUCUGUGCUCCUAAUAUUUUGCAAACAGCCACUUGUGUUCUUGCAAUGCUAUGAGGCCCCUGACCAUGAGGUUCUCUUCCAGGAGAGCAUCCCUUUCGCCGUCAUUGGGAGCAACACGGUGGUGGAGACGAAAGGCCGGCGGAUCCGUGGGAGGCUGUAUCCAUGGGGCAUCGUGGAAGGUAACCAACAGAGCCCUUCCUAGAUUGUGCUGGUUCUGCUGUGCCUGCAAGGAAAGCCACUCAUCUCGAAUUUGGAGGCAAGAGGUAGCAUGGCAUAGUGGUUAGAGUGUCGGUCUAGGACCUGGGAGACCAAAUCCCCACCACUCAGCCAUGAAUCUCACUAGGCGACCUUGAGCUCAGUCACUGCCUCUCAGUCUAACCUCCCUCUCAGGGUUGUUGUAGGGAGAAAAUGGGGGGGGGGGGGAAUGAAAAGUAUGUCCGUCACCUUGAGCUCCUUGCAGGAAAAGGUGAGAUAUGAAUGCAAUCAAUCAAUCAAUCAAUCAAACAAACGUUUGACUUUCCAUGAUGCCCAAACUAGGCCAGAGCUCGAUCUCAAGAGAGGCAGCGUGAUGUAUUGAGUAGAGUGUUUGACUAGGACCUGGGAGAGACCAGGGUUCAAAUUCUCACUUGACCAUGGAGCUCACUGGGUGACCUUGGGCCAGUCACUUACUCUCAGGCUAACCUACCUCACAGGGUUGAGGCAAGGAUAAAACGUGAAGGAGGUGAACCAUGUUUGCCACCUUGAGCUUCUUCAUCUGAGGACUUUGUUCAUGUGCCUCCUCCAUAACAGUUCCAGAGGGCGGCAACACGAGAACAGGCCUUUUCUGUGGUGGCUCCCCACUCAUGGAAUGUUCUCCCCAGGGAGGCUGGCCUUCAUUACAUAUCUUCUAGGCACCGGGCAAAAACAUUCCUCUCCUCUCAUCCCUUUGUUUAGUUAGCCUGUUAAACUGUUGGUGGGCGGUUAUUGUUUUAGUUUGUUAUUAUGGUAUGCAUUUUUGUGUUUUUAUUGUAAAUGGCCCUGUGAUCUUCGGAUGAAGGGCAGUAUAGAAAUCUUUGUAGUGGUAAUUGUAAUAACAACAGCAGCAGCAGCAGCAGCAACAAAUUGCUUAGUGGGCCCAUGCAGGAAGCAGAGCAAAGCCAGCCCAAAACUGAUCACGGGUUGAAUUAAUGACCAGUUACAGGGGCUUGAAAUAAUUAAUUUUGGCAGUGGGGUGUCUUACCUUUGCAAGCAGUGGGGUAGAAGUCCCAGAAAGAUUUUGUCCUCUUCCUCCUUCCUGAGUGCUGAACUACAGGUGUUCAGAGGAAUGCACGGCUUGUGUGCAGAGAAAGGAAUAGCCUUGAACCAUCUCCUUGCAUCUCUCUAGUAACAUCCAGAGGAAAAAGGCAUGUGACCUGAUGUGUGUCCCCCUCUAUCCACCCCCCCUCCCCAAGUAUCAGCCAAUAAAGAAGAGUGGCAAUGGUGGGAUGGGGUGGGGCUUUGAAUGAUAUGACAUCACACCAUGUCCUUUUAUAAUGUCUGCUCUGGCCCUGAACAAUUGGAUCUGGAAGCUGGAAUACAGUGGUACCUCUGGUUAUGUACUUAAUUUGUUCCAGAGGUCUGUUCUUAACCUGAAACUGUUCUUAACCUGAAGCACCACUUUAGCUAAUGGGGACUCCUGCUGCUGCCACGCUGCCGGCGCAUUAUUUCUGUUCUCAUCCUGAAGCAAAGUUCUUAACCCAAGGUACUAUUUCUGGGUUAGUGGAGUCUGUAACCUGAAGCGUAUGUAACCUGAAGCGUAUGUAACCCAAGGUACCACUGUAUGAGAAAAGCCCUCCUGGGUCCAGCACCCUGUUCUCACAGUGGCUGACCAGAUGCCUUUGUGAGAAACCCGCAAGCAGGAUUCAAAGACAAGCGCCCUCUCCCCUCCUGCGUCUUCCAGGAAAUGCUAUUCAGGAGCAUCAUGGCUAGUAGCCACACAAUAACCAGACUUCUUUUCCUCCACGAAUUUGUACAAUCCCCCCCCACCCCAACACACUUUUAAAGGCGUCUUAAUUUGCAUUGUUACCAUGUCAUGUGGUGGGGAGUUCUGCCUGCUAAUGCUGCCUUCUCCUGCACAGUGGAGAACCCUCUGCACUGCGACUUUGUCAAGCUGCGGACCAUGCUGGUGAGGACCCACAUGCAGGACCUGAAGGACGUGACGCGGGAGACCCACUAUGAGAACUACCGGGCGCAGUGCAUCCAGAGCAUGACCAGGAUGGUGGUCAAAGAGCGGAAUCGCAAGUAAGCCGUUAGCCUGUGUUUGCUUGCAUGUGUUAUCUGGGCCUGGCCCGAUCAGGGAGUGGGGAGGAUAUGCCCCCCCUCUGGGAUGGAGCGCGACUCCCCCUCCCUGACCUCAAUAACAUGCUCUUGCCCCCUCCCUCCACCCUAAUAACAGGCAUCAGGCGGAGAGAUGGACAGUGCCCCCAGCUGGGGCGAGGGUGUAAGACAGAGAGAGAGAAGGAUUCUGCAGGAAGGUUAGCGCUGCCUACGAUUCCAAGAUCAUUAUCUCUUCUUUUUUUAUUUAAAAACCCCAAAAAACACUAUUGUUUUAGCCCCCGCCCCCCAAAGCAGGACUUGAGUUUAUUAAAACCACAACAGGCCACCAUUUUGCAACUUUAAUAAAUUAUUCACAAUUGAAAUCCAUUGGUUUAUUUGGAGCCUUGUUUUUUUAAGAAACUGCCUGCUCCCCACCCCUUUUCUCUUAAAGGAUUACAAAAACAACAACAAUAGCAAACAAACAAACAAACAAACAAACCCCACAACUUGGGAUCAGUUUACUUGCAGGAUCACCUUACCCCUUAUACACCCACUUGAUUGCUUAGUUUUGUGGAAAUAGCAUAUGUUCCACACUUUGGAACUCGCUGCCUCUUGACUUAGGCUGGCUCUUUUGCUGUACUCUUUCUGGUGGCCUGCUAAAAACAUUUCCAUUUAGGCAAGCCUCCCCAGGCACGCAGAACACUGAUGUGUGCUUUAUUCUGGUUUUCAGCUUUUUGUUGAUUUUAAUUAUUUUUCAAUAGCUCUUUUUAACCGCUGGUGGUUUUAUUGUUUUAAUUCUUUCUGUAAACCGGGUGUGAUGUCUUGCUUUGUUUUGCAAUCAAGGGAUGUAUAAAUCUUAUGAACUAACUAGAUAAGAGAUCAACCGCAAUAACAGGCCCUGUCCUCAGGCUGAGUAGCCUAAAAGUGAUCAAGGGUAGAGAGGCCUCCCUCCGUAAGAAGGAGGGAUCAGUAACCAUUCCCCUAGGGCAGCCCCUGCUAAGCAGUUUCCCUCCAGAUGUUUCUUUAUGGGAGUUUCCAGCAGCAACAUUUCAGAAGCAUCACUGCCUCUAACUGUGAAGGCAGAGAACAGCCAUUGUGACUAGUAGCCAUCUUCUCCUCCAUUCAUUUGUCUAACCCUCUCUUAAAGCCAUCAUGGUUGGUGGCCAUCACUGCCUCCUGUGGGAGGGAGUUCCACAGGCUAUGUGCUGCGUGAGUUUUAGUCCAGAACAUCUGGGUGGUUCCAGGUUGGAGGUGGUCAUCCCAGGGACUCCCCAGCAUGAGUUUGCUUUGGUUAAUUCCAACCGGUAGAUUGAAUUCCAGCUCCCCCUAGCGGCUUUCUCUGCCUCUUUGGUCUGUAGCCUUUCGGUCUCUGAAGCUCAUAUGCCCACCCUCUCCUUCCGUCCCAGAAGCAUGUACGGCCCACCUACCUUGCUGCUACCCAAGUCCUUCCUCAGCUCCUUCAUUCAUUCUUUUCCACAUCCCUCUUUCUCUCAGAUCUUACCCCGUCCUCUCGUGAUUCCCUGAUCUCCACGCUUCUUAGCCCAUGACCCUUUUCCUUUCCUCGGGCUGCUAGCUUCUUGCCCCGUUCUGGAUCUCCUCUGCUCUUAGCCGCCUUCCUCUUCUGCCCCCUUCCAGCCAACCGUGCUCUGCUUGCAUUUGAUCCCCAACUAAACUGACCUCUCGCUUUCUCAACGAGAGUUGCAGUUUGCCAACAUUCUGUGACUGCCCUUUUGCUCCCUGGAGUUGUCACUCGGCCAAAGGACAGGGGAACACACACACAACACACACAGAGAGAGGUGUACCUAGGGGUUGGCGAAGCCAGACCCCGCCAGGGACGUAGACCAAACAAGUGGGGGGUGGCAAAAAUCACCUACCAGACUAGGGAGUGUGUGGCGUGUGUGGCCACAGACCCAUCGCUGAUAAGGCGAGAUCUUAUCCAGGAGAAGCCGUCUUGAACUGUGGCACGAAGGCAUGCAAUUUUUUCUUUCCUUCUGCCCUGCCCUCACUCUGGACGCUUUGACUACUAGGGCUGUGUAAAAUGUAGUACAGUGGUACCUCAGUUCUCAAAUGUAAUCCAUUCCAGAGGAUCGUUCGACUUCUGAAACGUUUGAAAACCAAGGCGCAAAGGGCUGGCUGCAAGUUCAAUUGGAAAAAUGGAAAAACACACAGCAUAAGCUAUUCAACUUCCAAAGCACGUUCGAAAAUGGAAGCAAUUACUUCUGGGUUUUUGGCCUUCAAAAACCGAAACGUUUGGCUUCCGAGACGCUCAAAAACUGAGGCACCACUGUAAUUUCUAAUGUGGCAAUUGUAAUAAAGUGGUUUUUUUUUUCUUAUGGGGGGUGCUGAUACAACUCCUUGCCAAGGGCCCAGGGGACCCUAAGUACACCUCUACGUGCAUCACACCCAAACCAUAAGCUCUGCCUACACAACCCAUGGUUUGGCCUUUCAGUUGUCUAGGGUAUUAUUCUGCACUCCCCUCACUCUGUCUGCAUCUUCAGCCAUGAGCCCCCCACAAAAUCUCAAGGGGCAAGACCAACAUAAUGGGAAACAUAGGAUUGUAGAGUCAGUAGGGACCCCAAGGGUCAUCUAGCCCAACCCCCUGCAAUGUCUCAGCCGCCUUCUGCCUUGGUUUCCCUGAUGGUGAAUCUAAGCCUAGUGUUUCAAUUCCCUUGUUCUGCUUGCCGCCAUCUUUUUGGGGGAACCAAGGAGGGACUCCUCAUCUUUGAGACUCUGCUGCAGCGACUGUUCUAUGGAGUGAGCGACUGAGGUCCCUUUUCCCGGCCGAAGAUCCGCGCAGCGUUUCCCACCCGCCCCCCACCCUGGGGCUGCGCCACCAACAUCCUCCUCCUCUCUCUCUCUCGCUCUUUCUCUCUCUCCUGGAGACCUGUGUUUUGUCUGGCGUCCGUGCAUUUUUACAUAAAUUAUUUUCUUUCUAACCCAUCCUUGUCUCGGACCCUUGCCUUGUGUCUGUGGGAAAGCAAAAUGUGGGUUUUUUUGGGGGGAGGAGUGCACCCCCCAUUUGGCACGACACUAUUGACCCCAAAGGGCCAUGCGGCCUUUUGCCCCACACCUGGCAAAGGGGUGAUGUUGUUGUGAGCAUAAAUAGCCAUGCCUGCAGCUGGGGAGGGGAUGAGAGGGGGAUUGAGGGAGGAGUUGUUCCUUAACAGGAGAGAAAACAACAAUAUAGGAUGUGGUUUGGGGUCAGCUCUGUUGAAGUGGGUGGAAGCUUCACAAGCAAGGGAGAAUUUGGCCGUAAAGACAUCAAAGGAAGGUCACUGCUGUUGGGUGAGCCCAGCUUCGCCUUUGGCCCCGCCCACCUCUGCUACACAGCCCCAGAAGGUUGUCAGUGCAGGCUGUCAAUCAUGUGAUGUCACAAUGAUGUCAAGUCAGAGCCAACUCACCUAUAAGGCAGGGUAAAGCCUCUGCCUCAGGCAGCAGAAGCCCUCAGGCGGCAUGCCCUGCCUGCUCCCGCCCCCCAACGACAGAGAAGCAAUACCACCAACUUGGGACAAGAUGGUGUCCAUUUGGUUGAGAUCUUGCCCGAAAUCAGCGCAAUCUUGCCCAAAAUCAGUGCUGGAAGUGGUGAUGCUUCUCCACCAGUGGUGAAUGUGGCGGGCCCCUUCGUCAGGCGAUGAUUGCAGGGACUUCAAAGCACCUUCCAGGGCUUGGAAAGCGCUUUGAAGGCCCGCUAAUUGGCUGAGGCUGGAUGCCAUGGGAUUGUAGGGUUGGAAGGGACACCGCCCGCCCCCGGAGUCACCUAAAGAAUCCCUGACAGAUGGCCAUCCAAACUCUGCUGAAAAGUCAUCACGUGACAGCCCUUUAAAUGUAGGGCAUGGCUUGUGGGCAACGGCCUCGUGGGUCAAACAGGGACCCUUGUUAGGCCCAAUUUGGCUCAUGGGUUGGAGGUUUCCCACCCCUGAAGUAGAUUCUCACCCAGCAAGGGUUGGCAAAGGAGAUUCUUGAGUGUCGUAUUGCCAUCACUGGACAACUGCAGAAGUCAUAGCACAAGGAUGGGGGGUGCGUGGGAAAUGGGGAAGCCUGUGUCAUGGAUUUGCCCUCCACCUCACUAAGUCUGCUGUGUGGAGGAAUGGGGGCAUUGAUACACUGCACAACCUGGCUUUUGAUGGAGUGCAUCAGAACAGGAUCAUAGAAUUGUAGACUUGGAAGGGACCCCCAAGGGUCAUCUAGCCCCACCCCCUUCAGUGCUGGAAUCACAGCUAAAUAAUCUUUGGCAGAUGGCUGCCCACAGCCCACUCCUCAUUCCUCAAGGCCAUGUGCCAUGUUCUUCUUUCACACCACUUCAGUUACUCUCCACAGCAUUGGAGAGUUUGGUUGGGGGAUCAGGAACUGCGCUGAACUUGCAGGUCAGCCUUGAAAUGUUCAGAGGGUCUAGACAAGGCAUAGGCAAACUCCAGCCCUCCAGAUGUUUUGAGACUACAAUUCCCAUCAUCCCUGACCACUGGUCCUGUUAGCUAGGGAUGAUGGGAAUUGUAGUUCCAAAACAUCUGGAGGGCCGGAGUUUGCCUAUGCCUGGUCUAGACUGUCACCAGAUCCAGAUGACUCUACGAAGCAGCACUGCAUUUAUUUAUUUCAAUUAUCGCAUUUAUGCCUCAAGGAGCUCAUGGUGAUGUACAUGGUUCUCCUCCUCAUAUGAUCUGCACAACAAUCUUGUGAGGUAGUCUAGUCUGAGAGAAGACAGAGAAUGGCCCAAGGUCACCCAGUGAACUUUUUGGCCAAGUAGGGAUUUGAAUCCUGGUCUCUCCCAGGUCCGAGUCUGACUCCCUAACCACUGCACACACUGGCCCUCUUAUAGCAUCAGUAUCCUUUAUGGUGGUUGGCCAAGAUGCUCUGGGUCAUCCCAUGUCUUCUGCUGCUACCCUAAGAACCCUUUAGGGUGGGGACAAAGCAGGAUUGUGGUACUACAUUCAGAGGCGAGAGGGAGUAGGAAGGGGCCUGUGGAUGGAACACAAGACUCACAGAAUGACAGAGUUGGGAGGGACACACCACAAGGGUCAUCUAAAACCCAGGAAACGCAUCUCUCAGCAGGCUUGACACGGCACAGGGUUCCCACGUGAACCGAGAACCAGCGCUUCACCGAAGACCAUUUUCCAUGAUGGUACCUUUGGGGAUGUGCCCUGACUUUUAAUGCUUCUCUCCAUCACAGGAGCUUGUGACUGGGGGUGGGUAAGAAAAAGUUGGAGAGAAAUUGAAUGGGUAGGAUGCAUAUGCUUGGGAAUGUCAUGAGCCCCUGCUGACAUUAAAAAAAAUGGUAUAUUUGCACAAGCAUAUAGUGCACAAUAUAACCAUCUGCCUGCAUACCCCAUUAAUCCCCCUCUUCCAAAUCCACUAAUCUGCCUUUGCAACAACAUCUCUGCCCUUCGGCCACUUAUCAAGCCAUGGAAAUAUUAUAUAGAAAGCUUCUAUUGAGACAGAUGCACCCAGUAUUGUCUACACUGACUUGCAGCAGCGUCUGCAGAGACUUUCAGAGAGGAAGCCUCUCCCAGCCCUGCUUGGAGAAACCAGUUUGGAGGCCUGAACCUGGGACCUACUGAAUGCCAAGCCAGGUGUCGUCCUUUGCAGAAGACAGUCCUUUUUUUGGACUUAGACUACCCCAAAAAGCAAAAUGGGGUGUCUGUAGCUGCACACCCACCGUGAGCUCCUCGUCAGCAGAACUUAUCUUGCACUUCCAUCUUUUGAAAGCCACCUAUCAGAACCUAAGAAGACCCACCUAGUCAAGCAUCCUGUCUACACAUUGGCCACAACAACUCUCCCCAUGGCAGACUGCCUCUGCCAGGGGAGGGAGAACUGGUAGCCAUGAUUGGUAGCUUUCCUCCUCCUUCUCCUCCAUGAAUCUGCUUAGCCUUCUUCUAAAGCCAUCCAAGCUGGUGGCCAUUGCUACAUCUUGUGGGAGUGAGUUCCGCAGUUCAACUUGGCCCACAGGUGCUCAGCGACCUGGCUGGGCUUGCAGACCAGGAUACCUGACCAUCGGCAAUGCUGACUGGGGCUGAUGGCAGACAUGGAUUGAGGGGAGCGAAACCACUUUGCGGGGGGUGGGGAGGCGCAACAACUAUGAUUUAGAAUGGAGAGCACAAGGCGGAGGGGUGCCGAAUUUUGGCAUUGCACAGGACGCCACUGGAAUUUGAGAGCCCCAAGGUCUGCUGCUGCUGUUGGGCGUUGUAGCCCAGCCAGAACUGGGUGGGGGAAAACCUGUUGUAUCUCUAGAUGCUCCUUAAGAACAUCCCUUGUUGGAGCAGACCGACAGAGGAGGAAAGUCCUUCUUUGCAAGAGCCCCAAGACUCUGGAGUGAGUUCCCAGAGGAGGUUCAACACUCUGGUUCGCUGUGGAGGCUCAGAAAGUCCUACUUAUUUAGGUAAGCUUUGCGGGGUGAAGAGCGAUUUGAGAGCAACACUUUCCCUAAGAGCCUGACACUGGGCUUUCCCCUUCCCUCCUCCAAGGUGUUACUCUCCAUUUUAAUUGUUGGAUGUCUUUGUGACAGCUUUGUAGGAUGACAGUUAAGUGAGUAAAUUUAAGGACCUCAUUGUGGGGUGGAGAAGAGUCAGUUGUUUAGGCAUCUCUGAACAGCUGUGUCUUGUAGAGUCGGGGUGGUGGUGGUGGUGGGUGCAAACACAUCUUUGCUGCUUUUGGCUUUGAUGGCUUCUUUCUCUCUCUCUCUUUGAAAUAAAUAAAUAGCAAAUUGACAAGAGAAAGUGGGACAGAUUUCCCCAUUCCGGCCAUCCCCUCAACACCAGAUGUGGAGACAGAGAAGCUGAUCCGAGAGAAGGACGACGAGGUGAGUGGCAUGGUGGUUACCUGCAGGUCAGAUGAGAGCGAAAGAGAUGGGAGCCCAGUAGGGCUGGGAAGUCCCCAAACAGACAAAGAAUUCGCGGCCGCAGGAGGCAGUGGGGCCCACCAACUUUGAGGACCGCACAUAUUCAUGGAGAGGGCUGCCCCCAUUCGGAAGCAGCAGCAAUGCCUUUGAAUAGCAGUUGGUGGAGACCACAGGAGAGGAGAGAGCUCCAAGUCCUCCUUGAGGGUUUCCCUUUGGCCCCUGUGGGUCCGGCCUGUUAGCCUGCAGGGCCCCAUCACUUAGUGGUAGCUCUUUCAACUGAGCUCAUUCUUUUGGGAUGCUGGACACUUAAGCAGCCAUCUAAAGUCAUGAACUUGUCUGGCAGCCUCCUGCCUUAGAUUGCAAGCCUCACUGGGUACAGGACCCCAAGAAUUGGAAGGGACUUAGGGCAUCAUCCAGACUGACUCCACCAAACCCUCGACAGUAUGAGUGAUUCCAGAUUUAACUGCUCUGAAAUUUCCUAAAUUCAGAACAGCCUAUAUAUGAAUUUGCUAACCACCAAAAUAAAUUGGCAUGUCUUCCUCUAAAUCCCAAGGUGGAGUGUUUUCCUUGUGGCUUAUGGCUAGAGGAAGCCACGUCAGAGGGAACAGAGCCACAAUUUAAGAGACCCAGGCCCAGUAUCAAGGGGGGUGCAUAAUGUUUGUGCCUUGCAACUCAGGUCUGAUUCCCUCCCCACUUUUCAGUUACGCCGAAUGCAGGACAUGUUGCAGAAAAUCCAGCGACAGAUGGAAGAUGCCCACUAG